CUCCUCCCUGGGAAGAGGGAGGAGAGUUUAGAGCUGAUACACGCAGAGCAAGGCAUGGAGCCGGGAAAUGCAGGAAGCAGUCCAGGGAAGGAGCAGUGAAGGGAAAGCCCGGAAUGGCUGAAUUGAGGGUCCUUGGACUGGAACGUGGAAUAGGGGGCAGGCCUGGGUUCCCCUAGCAGUCACUGAGUGCGUGGUAUAGACCUGUGGGGCAGUGAAGGGGAGGACUGCCUGGGUCACUGGGGAGAACAGAGAACAGAAGGACUUUACCCCGGAAGCAUGGAGAAGGCUGCAUGACCAGACUGGAGGGCUGAGUCACAAAGUGGAUGCUGUGGUUCCUGGGACGAGAGAACACCUACGGAGAUGGUGCGGCUGCGUGCAAACUGUGGCAGCAGUGGGGUUGACCUUGGGAAACAAUCCUCACAGUGACCAGGAGGGGGCGCCAGACUUGUGAAUAUGCCCAAAGAUGGAAAUUCUCCUGGUCCUUCCCAGCCCAACAGAAAACUUCUGUCUCUGCAUUUUCUGUGCAUCGUGUUCUCCCCUGUCGUCCAUAUUGUGCCCUCAGACUCAGUGAAUUUCAAAGUGGUCAGCCCUGCUCAACCCCUGAUGGUGUCUGUGGGUGAAGAUGCCGUGUUGCCCUGCCAUCUCAGCCCCAGGAUGAAUGCUGAGGACAUGGAGGUGAGGUGGUUCCGGUACAGCUUCCCUGAAGUGAUCCAUUUGUAUCAGGAUGGGAAAGACCAGCCUGAGCAGCAGAUCCUGGAAUACCAGGGGAGGACAGAGCUGCUGAGAGACAACAUCACUGAGGGAAGUGUUGUCCUGAGAAUACAUAGCAUUAGACCUGCUGACGAAGGACAAUACAGCUGCUUCUUCCAGUCUAGCACCUUCUAUGGAGCAGCCUUGUUGGAGCUGAAGGUGGCAGGUUUGGGCUCUGGGCCCCACAUCUCUAUUGCUGACUAUGAGGCUGGUGGGAUCCGUGUGGUGUGUACAUCGGGUGGGUGGUACCCAGAGCCUGAAAUGCUGUGGAGGGAUUCUAGUGGGCAGCUUGUACCAUCACUGUCCCAAACGAAAUCCCAACAGGAAAAUGGCCUGUUUGAAGCUCAGAUUUCUUUUGUUAUAAAAGAAAGGACACAUUCUGGUUUGAAUUGUUACAUAAGGAAUCCCCGCCUCAACCAAGAAAAAGAAUCAACAAUUUACAUAGCAGACCCGUUUUUCCCAAGGACUUCCCUCUGGAUGGUGGCUCUGGCUGUGGUCCUGAGUGUCCUGGGUUUUCUCAUUUCCCCAGCCAUUUACUAUUGUUGGAUGCAGCACAGAGAGAAAGGGAAACUCUUGGCUGAACUUCAGUGGAGAAGAGCCCAAGUAUAUGCAGUGAAUGUGACUCUGGAUCCAGCCACAGCUCAGUCCAACCUCAUCCUGUCUGAGGAUCGGAAAAGUGUGAGACAUGGAGAUGAACGGCAGGAUCUUCCCGACAACCCUGGGAGAUUUGAACCUUAUGUCAUUGUUCUGGGCGCUGAAGAGUUCAUGGGCGGGAGGCAUUACUGGGAGGUGGAGGUGGGAAAGAAGCCUGAGUGGACUCUGGGGGUUUGUAGGGAAUCUGUGAGUAGGAAGGGGAGUAUUAAUGUCACAUCUGAGAAUGGAUACUUUGUGGUGUGUUUGAGAGAUGGAGAAAAAUACUGGGCCCGCACUUCCCCCCUAACUCCUCUUCCCGUGAGAGUCAGGCCCAGCCGGGUGGGGAUUUUCCUGGACUAUGAGGGGGGCGAGAUCUCAUUUUACAAUGUGACUGACAGGUCCCAUCUCUUCACUUUCACCGACACCUUCUCUGAGAUGCUCCGCCCUUAUUUCAGUCCUUGUCUCAAUGAAGGGGGUAAAAAUGCAGAUCCCCUGAUAAUCUGCCCAGUCCCAGAGAAAGCCUGAGGGAAUCUCUGUCCCUCACAGUAACACCCGCAGCAGAGACUGUCCCCUCCCACCACUGAUGAGCCCCCAGGCCUGUUCCCAUGGGGAUGGUGUUAAAGGCAUCAGCUGCCUGCCCCCUGUUACCCCCUCCCCUCUCAGCUCUCAGCUCUCAGCACCAGGCCUGUGAGCUGCAGGAAGAGGAGAGAGGCAGAGAAGGGGUGGGGAGAGACAGCUGUGGGGUGAGGUGAGGUCAGGCUGCUUGGAAGUGGGGAUGCAGGGGCAGAGGGAGGUGCGGAUUCCUGGGCAUAUAAAGGUGAAAAUGUGGGUCUCAUGCUGCAGGCAUUUCAGAGACAAUUAUUUGCACAAUGAGCGUGAAUAACAGUGAGAGAAAUGCUCCUACCUGGCCUAGUCUGACAGCAGAGAGCCAUGAGCAGUUGGGGGAGUCCCACGGCUCUGGGGAGGGCACUGGCCUGAUUCAGCUGCAGCACAGAGCCCUGCUGACACAGGAGGAUGUAUCAGUACACAGGCAAGGGGUGGAAGGGGGCUGGUUGGCUUAGGGGAUGAAGUUGCUGCCCCUGACUGGACAGUGUUUCUCUGGGGGAGCACUAGGCAGCUCAGCCCCUGAUUCCCACAGCCCCUCAACAUGUGCUUGAGGCCCAUCGAACUGAAUUCACCCCCCAUUAAACACAGGGUAUGUCUACACUACGAAAUUAGGUCAAUUUUACAGAAGUUGAUUUUUAGAAACCGAUUAUAUACAGUUGAUUGUGUAUGUCCACACUAAGCACAUUAAGUCGGUGGAGUGCAUCCUCACUACCGUGGCUAGCAUUGACUUACGGAGCGUUGCACUGUGGGUAGCCAUCCCACAGUUCCCACAGUCUCCGCUGCCCAUUGGAAUUCUGGGUUAAGCUCCCAGUGCCUGAUGGGGCGAAAACAUUGUCGCGGGUGGUUUUGGGUACAUGUCAUCAGGCCCCACUCCCUCCCUCCUUCCAUGAAAGCAAUGGGCAGACAAUUGUUUCGCGCCUUUUUUCCUGGGUUACCUAUGGAGAGAACAUACCAUGGCAAGCAUAGAGCCUGCUCAGCUCACCAUCACUGUAUGUCUUCUGGGUGCUGCUGGUAGAUGCAGUACUGCAUUGUGACACAGCAGCAACUCCUUGCCUUCGCGGCAGAUGGUGCAGUAAGACUGAUAGCUGUCGUACAUCUCCUGGGGGCUCCUGGCAGACCUCGGUGAGGUCUAUCAGGGGCUCCUGGACAGACAUGUCUAUUCUCCUCUUAGAGCACCAAAUGGGAGCCAGAGACUCCAGAUCAUUCUCUUCUCUAAGUUUCGUCUCAUGGAGAUUCAGUCCUGCCUGGAAUAUCAUGCGAGCUGAAGGCUUCUGCCUCAGACCGCUCUCCCAGCCGGCAGCACCAUGCGGUUGCACCGACCCCAGCCUACCCCUAGCUCCCAUGGUUCAUGAAGCCUGGACAGUAGUAAGGAGCAGUUCAACUAUAGACUGAGCAAGUGCAGAAAGGUGGUAGAACGUGCCUUUAGACUUUUAAAAACUCACUAGCGCUGUUUGCUGACUAGGUCAGACCUCAGUGCAAUCAACAUUCCCAUUGUUAUUGCUCCUUGCUGUGUGCUCCAUAAUAUCUGGGAGAGUAAGGGGGAGACAUUUAUGGCGGGGUGGGAGGUUGAGGCAAAUCGCCUGGCAUCUGAUUUUGAGCAGCCAGACACCAGGGCAAUUAGAAGAGCACAGCAAGGCGCGCUGCGCAUCAGAGAGGCUUUGAAAACCAGUUUCAUAACUAGCCAGGCUUUCGUAUGACAGUUGUGUGUGUUUCUCCUUGAUGAAAACCCGCCCCCUUGUUGAUUUUAAUUCCCUGUAAGCCAAUCAC